GAAGCCUAGAGUAAAACUUCUCCAGCUGGUCUGGCAAUCCUUUGUCGAGCUAUCGAAGGCUCUCGCACUAGAAUCUCGCAACGCAUCCUCGCACCCAAACGAUUAACCACCCCACCUUUGUCGAGCUCCGCUUGUCCACUCCUCCCACCGCGUUAUGCGCGUCCCCAUCCUCCUCCUCUUCGCCGGCUACGCCGCGGCGCAGGCCGUCGGUCCGCCCGCCGCCGUGCCGACCUCGUCCACCCCGGCUGCAGCCCCGCCGGCCAGCAGCUCUCCUAGGCCCGUGGCACCACCAGCUUCGUCCAGCCAGAACGCCCCCGCUCAGCCGACGACACCAGCGGCGCCGUCAUCCUCAGCUGCGCCCACGCCGACGAGCUUUUCGGGUCCCCCAACGUUCGUGUUCCAGAACCUUGCGACGGCGACGCAGUGCGCGCCCGUGCAGGUGCGUUGGGACCUCCGGAACGCCGACAGGACAAAGUACACUGUCGACCUGUACGCGUUCAAUAUCGGCGUAGACCAGGCUAUCCCCCCUGCCUCCUCCCCGUCGUCCGCUGCCCCUCCUGCCAACACCCCUGCCGCUCAACCAAGCGCCAACAACAAUGCCAAUUCCACUCCUGCCGCCAACCCAGCUCCUGCUGCAUCGGCUGCUGCGCCCGCCUCGGCCGCGCAGCCUAAUCCCCAACCAACGCCUCAGGCCAGCGCACCGCCGACAACCCAGGCAGUCGCCGGCGGAAACGCGGCCGCAUCGCCCGCCAAGCGCGAUGCCCACGGACUGCACGCUCAUCGCAAUCCUCUACUCUCGGCUGACGAGUACGUGCACCUCGUUGCCCGUGCCGACAUCAAUUCGACCAUCGUGAAGGGCUGGCGCGCACAGGCAUCAUACGCCUGGACGGUCAAUGUACCGCCUGGCCGCUACCGCCUGCUGGCCAUUGUCAGCGACGAGGCGCGCACGUGGGCUGAGUCCGGCCCGUUCACGGUCGUUGCGAGCUCGAACACGACGUGUCUCCAGCAGGACUCAUCCAAGACCAACUCGGCUGCCGCCGGGGCAUCGUCUGGCAGCGCCGCCGGUUCGGGCGAUAAUGCUGAGUCGAAGAAAUCUGGCCUUAGCGGCGGCGCCAUCGCCGGCGUUGUCAUUGGCGUUCUUGCGGGCCUGGCGCUCGCCAUCCUCGCCUUUAUCUGCUUCAGACGCGCGGCGCGCGACAAGCGACGCGACGCGGGCGGGCGCGAGCCUCAGACGCCCAUGCGCAACCUCAUUGGUGCGCCCACCGACUUCCGCAAGACCAAGGGUGCGCGCUCGAGUGUCGGCCACGCUCUUGCCGCGAUUGGCAUUGGAGCAAAUCGCGGGGGUGACGGUAUCGAACGCGCCGAGCGCGGCGAGAAGCCCAUGUUCGCCGCCGUGCCGCCCAUGAACCUCGGCACGCGCAGAGGCUCGAACAUGACGAAUGAAACGGACAAUCCAUUUGAGACCGCGCCGACCACCCCUGUCGAGGAGAAGACGCCGUCGCACACGCCCGGCUCAUCGUUUGGGACAUCCAUCCCGCCUGCCUCGGCGCUGGCCGCCGGCGCCGCGGCGCAGGCCGACUCGAACGACCCUCACAGGUACCCGCCCCGCUCACCACCGCGCGGCGCGUAUGACGGCAUCGACGACGAGCCUGAUACAUUCCGCCGCUCGACGCCGACGCCCAUGCGCCUCCCGCCCUCCCAACUGCCUGCCAACCUCGUCCCGAGCUCUGUCGGCACCAGCCCGGCCGGCGGCACGCCCAGCGGCACCAGCCCCACGACUCCCGUGACGCCGGGCUUUGCGCCGCGCGCGACGCACCAAUCGCGCCCGUCAGCGGGCAGCGCCCGCGAAGCCAUCCCCACGGCCACUACGCCAUCUGUCCCUCCCCCCUCGGCCUUCCCUGUCACCCCCACAUCGCCGGGCAAGGUGGUUGAGCGCAAGUCAUCGACUCGCCGCAAGCCCGUACCGCGGCUGACGGACGUCGAUGUCGAGAGCCCAAGCCAGGGCCACUCGUCUGAGUCGAGCCACGAGGCCACCGCCGGUGGCAUCCAGCUUCCCGAGAGCAAGCCUAUAGGCGGCGGGCCUGCUGGGGACGAGUAUGGGCUCAACGCCGCGCUCGCCGGGAUCGACCGCUCGCAAACCUAUGCGCUUGUGGCUGACCCUCCACUUCCCCAGGACGACCGCCACUAGCCGGCUGUGCCGGCGUCACGGACAGCAUAUAGUCGGCCGGACACGUAUAUAGCAGCGCUGUAAUGGGUGCGUCCGUAGUCAGUAUCUGAUAGGUAUCGAUGUGGCCGUGUGAGUCGGUGCGAGACAGGAGCUAUGGCCGUACGACGGCUGCAGCAGAGAUUGAGGCAGUAAGCGAGAA